AGGUCAGCUGAGAGCGUGAUUGACGCCUGGCGAUCCGACUUGGCCUUUCCAGUCCGGUGACUCCCUUCCCACCUUUUUCAGGAUCGUCUUCCCGGAACGUGGAGUCACCCCUCCUUCCCCGCUCCCCAGGUUCGAGGCCAGGGAAGACUCCAUCGUCCCCCUCCCUCACCGCCGGCUGCUUGUUUUUGAUGUGGAGAGGGUCUCACUUUCCCUGUGAAACCCACACCCGUCCUCCACACUUCAUCAGCCUGCACCCCCGGCCCAUCGGGAGUUGAGCGGACGCGGUCCGGAUGAAGAGGGGGGCGGCGUCGUCCCCGGCUCUGACCAAUGGCUUCAGCCUGCCCAGCCUGACCAUCAGCGGAGCUACGGCAUCACCGGCUGGCACCGUGGAGACGCCCGCCCGCCGCAGCCCGGGCGAUAUGGCACGGGCCACGGGCACCGUUCGUGUCUACCUCCCCAACAAGCAACGCACCGUGGUGAACGUGCGGGCCGGAAUGACGGUGAAUGACAGCUUGGACAAGGCCCUGAAAGUCCGAGGGUUAUCCCAGAAGUGCUGUGCGGUCUACCGCUUCAUCGACGGGUGGGCGAACCAGGCCCAGUGGCUGGGCCCUGAAUGUUACCGGGCGGCCAUCGGUCAAGGGGUUGCCAGGGUCAAGGGUCAUGGCGACCCGGGGUGGGGGGGAUGUGUUUGCGGGUUUUCCUUCACCCCCCCCCCCUCAGACAUCUUCCUGCACGAGGGGCUGACGGUAAAGAUCGGUGACUUUGGCUUGGCGACGGUGAAAUCCCGGUGGAGUGGCUCCCAGCAGGUGGAGCAACCGAGUGGCUCCAUUCUCUGGAUGGCCCCUGAGGUAAUCCGGAUGCAGGACCACAAUCCGUACAGUUUCCAGUCGGAUGUUUAUGCCUACGGGGUGGUGCUGUAUGAGCUCAUGACCGGCACCUUACCCUACUCCCACAUCAACAACCGUGACCAGAUCAUCUUCAUGGUGGGCCGCGGUUACCUGACCCCUGACCUCAGUAAGAUUUACCGGAGUUGUCCCAAAUCCAUGAAGCAACUGCUGGCCGACUGCAUCAAGGUCAAACGGGAGGAGCGGCCCAUGUUCUUCCAGAUCCUGGCCUCCAUCGAGAUGCUGCAGCGCGCGCUGCCGAAGAUCGAGCGCAGUGCCUCGGAGCCCUCCCUGCACCGGGCGGUCCACGCCAACGAUGUCAAUCCCUUCGUCCUGACCACUUCCCGCCUCGUUCCCUCCUGAGACGCUUCGCCACCCCGGGGACAAUCCCCACGCCCCUUCCCACCUCCCCCUUCCCUCCCUCCCUCCCUCCCUCCGAAUCCGAAGAUCCCGGCAAGUGGUCACCUUGAAGGGGAGAGGGGAACGCUCCCUUCCCACAAUCCCUCGGGCGGAGGGCCAACAAAGCCCAGAUGGCACACGGAUUCAGGCAGCAGUCGACGGACUCAGCGUUCCCAGGAAACCAGGGGGACGGAGCCCGGGUGGAGGGGGAGGGGGGAUCGGGGGGAGAGCUCCCCGGAUUGAACUGUCUGCCUCGGAUCGCGAUGUUGCCUCACGCCCGGAUGUCACGGAGAGGGAGCCAGGCGGGAGGGAAGGAAACGAGGGACACAUUCCAGAGACUCUUCACCACCUCCCUCCCCUUCCCCCCACCCACUCCCUCCCUCCCCCCCCACCCACCACCUCCCUCCCCUUCCCCCCACCCACCCACUCCCCACCCACUCCCUCCCCCCCCCCUCUCUUCCCCCCAUCUCUCUUCCCCCCCUCUCUCUUCCCCCCCUCUCUCUUCCCCCCCCUCUCUCUUCCCAUCUCUCUCUUCCCCCCCCCUCCCCCUCUUCCCCCCCCAUCCCCCUCCAUCCCUCCCCUGGUGUCCAAGGCCUGGGGCCUAGUGAUCUCAGGCCUCACUGUUUGAGACAUUCCCGUUGCCUAGCGACUGCCUUUAGAGCUGCCCCCAGCAGCGUCUCCCAGAGGGGGGUGGGGGGUAGGGGUGUGGGGUGUGACCCCAGCCCGUGCUACACCCCCGCACCCCACCCCCUCUCCCCGGGACUCCUAGGUUUAUGCGUGUGCGUGUGUAUGUAUGUGCGUGUGUGUGCGUGCGUGUGCGCGUGUGGAGUGGCCGCGGCGCAGUUUUGACGCCGGGAUUCAGCGUUCCGGAAUUUGCCAGAAUAAAUCCUCCUUCGGAACGUG